AUUCAAAGUCAUCCAACUUCCCAUGCUCUGACUAUGAAGGACCACAUCGAGAAGCAGCAUCCCACAGAGGCGGUCGAGGAAGAACAUGAGACCAGAGCAGAGUCUAUCAAGGACGAUUCACAUUCUGUACACGACUCCGCCGAUGAGAAGAAGUUUACAGCCUCAAGGCCGAAGCAUGAAGGAGGACAUGGAGAGACGGAUCUCGAGAGCCAACGCCCGAGCAUGCAAUUACAGCACACGAGGUCACAUAUGUCCACCCAUGAUGCGCAUCCUGCCCACGACCAAGAGUUCUACGAGGAAGGAGACGAAAUAUACGACAAGUUCUCCAAAUGGAAAAAGAUCUCAAUCGUAGCCAUUCUGAGCUUCUCCUCCUUCUUAGCUCCCAUCAGCUCCACCAGCAUCUUGGCUGCUUCUCCAGAAGUUGCGAGCACAUACGAUACGACAGCAUCCAUCUUCAACAUCUCUAACGCAUUGUAUAUGCUGUUCAUGGGUCUCAGCCCACUGUUCUGGGGGCCGAUGGGACAAACUUACGGCAGGAAGUGGACUUUGGCAUGGGCGGCCGUAACAUUCACAGCAUUCAGUGCAGGAUCAGCACUAGCCCCCGAUCUCGGAUCUUACUUCGUCUUUCGUAUGCUCACAGCCUUUCAAGGCACGGCAUUCUUGAUCAUUGGCGGGACUGCAAUCGGCGAUAUCUAUAGACCAGUGGAGAGAGGCACUGCUUAUUCUUGGUUUAUGAGUGGGACGCUCAUUGGUCCUGCAUUUGGUCCAUUCAUUGGAGGCAUCAUCGUCAACUUCGUCACCUGGCGAGCCAUCUUCUGGCUCCAAACAGCUCUAGCCGGCCUCUCCUCCGUUCUUAUCAUCUUCUUCCUCCCUGAAACCAUCCACAAGAAGCGCUCGGACGAACUCAAUGGCCUGCCCAAAUCCCAACAAGCCAAACAACUCUGGAAAUGGAUCAAUCCCGCCCGCGUCGUCAUCCUCUUCAAGUACCCCAACCUCGUCAUCGUCGCCGUCGCAAGCGCGAGCUUGGUCUGGAACAUGUACAGUCUCCUCACACCAAUCCGACAAGUGCUCAACCCACGCUUCAAUUUGAGCUCCCCAAUCCAAUCGGGACUCUUCUACAUCGCUCCUGGCUGCGGAUACUUAACCGGUACAUUCUUCGGAGGACGCUGGGCCGAUGCCGUGGUGAAACGAUACAUGAAGAAACGCGGCACCCGCGUCGCCGAAGAUCGUCUACACUCUUGUCUUCCCGCCAUGGGCAUCGUGAUCCCCGCUUCGAUGAUCGUUUAUGGCUGGAGUAUCGAGAAGAAAGUCGGUGGGAUCGCAUUACCGGUCAUUGCCAUGUUUUUGCAGGGUGUGGCGCAGUUGUUUUGUUUCCCUUCGUUGAAUACUUAUUGUUUGGAUGUGAUGCAGAGUCGGAGUAGUGAGGUUGUGGCAGGGAAUUAUUUUAGUCGGUAUUUGCUUGGUGCUGCUGGGUCGGCUGCUGUUUUGCCGAUUAUUGAUGCGAUUGGUGUUGGGUGGUUUAGUACGAUUUCGGCGGCGUUUGUUGCGGUUGCGGCGUUGGGGACUUGGGCUGUGGCUGUUUGGGGGAAGGAUAUGAGGGAUCGAGUUGAUCAAGGAAAAGAGGUUGAGUGAUCGGACAUGGACGGAGUAAUUUUGCAUCAUGGGAAUGGGCGGCCUUCUAGAAUGAUACCCGGUAAC